AUGUUUUGGAUUAAAUGGGGGCUCACAGUCCCACUCCUCUUCUCUCUGCUCGACGGUGGUCAAUGUCAAACAAAUCUCCCAGACGUUCCUCCAGGUGUAUUUACCGCAUCAGCUAGGAUCGUGAUCUACAACACUACCACCGCCGCGGCCUGGGAAGCACUCACGAACUUUCCCAAAUAUCCUGACUGGAAUCCGUUCGUUCGAUCCUCCAUCGUCGUCUCCCCAUGGAACAUCACACUCCCCGAACAGCGUCCAGUAGAAGGAAAGCGACUAUUCCUACGCACUCAGAUCCCGCCUCUCCCUCUACCGGUCAACAGGUACACUCCCGACAAUCCGCUGAACAUUGCGUUCGCCUACGAGAACGUCACGCACAUCCAGCCGGAGCUUGGCCGCCUCGCGUGGGAUUACCAGGCAGCGCCAGACGAGGCCUUAUCUGCCGAAAGGUGGCAAGCCAUCAGCGACAUUGGAGAGGGAAGGGUGCUUUACGAGGCAAGAGAGGUGUUCCACGGAUCGCUCGCGCCGGUGUUGAAGGCGUUGCAGGGCGAGGGCUUGCAGAAGUCGUUUGAAGGGCAGGCUGCGGGAUUGAAAUUGUAUUUAGAGAGUCAGUCGUAG